AUGUCUGAAGAAUAAAAUAAAACUCCUAGAGAUCUCAAAAUAGAUGAUACCAGUUUUACUAACAGAAAAGACACAACAGCAGAUAUCAGAUACUCUUAAAAAAGUUUCAUUCAUCCAUAAUAAAUAUAUGUAGAUAUUAAUAUUAUUAUUAUUAGUAAGUUUAACAAUGUAAUCAUCCUGUUUAACCUAUAUUUAUCUAAGUAAUUACAAGAGAAGAAAUUGAAACUCCAUUUAUAAAUGAAAUCGAAAUGUUAAAAAAUAAAAUUAUCAAAAUCCAAUAAGAAAAUGAUAAAUUAUAUGAAAAAAUUCAUUAAUUAACAGAAUAAUUAUAAGAUAGAUAAAACUUCAUUGACACCUAUAAAUAAAAAUUUAUAGAUCUUUAAAAUUCUAAAGAUAUAUUACUAUCAGAGUUAGAAAAAUUGAAUUCAUAAAAAUACCCAAUUAUUAAUUACACUACACCAGUUCAACCAAAAUAUAUGUUUCAAUAAAAUUAGCUAAGCGAUAGGACUAAUAAUAAUUUAAAUUUGGAAAUUGAAAUCGAUAAACUAAGAAUUGCUUUGAGUAAUAAGGAAGAAGAGAUAAGAAGGCUUUAAGAAAAAUAUUAAUAAUUAGAGAAUUAGGGUUUAGCUGUAUUGGAGGAGAAAAUAAGAACAUUAAUAAAUGAAAAAGAAUUUUGGAAAUAAAAAUUUGAAGAAACUUAAAAAGUUCGUUAAUAUAGUAAUUUCAAAUUUGCUUGA